UAGGCGAUGAGCGUGUGGAAUUUGGGAAUAGGUGGCAGUUUGCGGCAGCAGGGAGAUCACCAAGAACGGUUCUCAUCCGAGGGAUCUCGCUUCAUACGGGUUUCGCCAGGCCUUAUCCCGGUAUGCUCAAUUGAUGCAUUUGAGAUUCGCGAUCAAAUCCACCAGAUUGACCCGUCAAAGAUACCUGUGAGUGCUGAUACCGAAGGUCAUGAUGGCUAUGAGAGACCUGGUCAUCUGCGUGGUCAUCUACUUCUGUUUGGCCGAGGGCCUUGCAAGAUGCAGCCGGUCUAGACCAUCUAAAGCAUGCGGGAGGACCAUGAGCGCGUACCGGGGUUCGAUCAGAUCACCCGGCUUCCCCAACCCGUACCCCCCUGCACUCCGUGAAACCGAUCAGGAGUGUAAAUGGAUCAUCAACCUACCGUAUGGCCACGGCAUCAAGUUAACCUUCUCCGGCUACGAUCUCAACGAUGAGACGAACGACGUCGGUUCGGAGAUAUAUGAUGAGCUCCAAGUUUUCCGUGACGGGUCAUGUGAUGAGAGUCAGCGGCAGAGGAGUCUAAUUGGCAUGCUGGAAGGGGAACUUGUCAUCUAUAUCCCUCACAAAACAGCCUGCAUCAAAUUCAUCAGGAGAACUCUGAAUAACAAAAUACACGGUGGAUUUUCUUUGACAUAUGAAGUUGUGGACGCUAACAGUAAGUGCGGAGGAAACAACACCGUCAUGGUGACAUCCCAAGAAGGUUACAUCUACAGUCCCGGAUACCCCACAGCUAGUUACCCUCCUUACCUCAACUGUACAUGGAUGGUGGAGGUCCAACCAGAUCAGACUCUAGACGUCAGUUUCCUAGACUUUCAGCUCAGCUACACGUACAGUUGUGAUUUUGCUCCAGACUUUGUAGAAAUCGGUAAUUCCAACAGGACUUACGAAUACAAAUACUGUGACCAGGAUGUUCCCGAAACCUUUCUGAGUAGGGGGAACAGAGUAUGGGUGCACUUUAGGACAGGGCAGUGGAGGAAUCGUGGCUUUUGGCUUUACUAUAAAGCCGUUGGAGAGCCAACUGCAGCCGACCAGCCGAACCCAAACUACAGACAAGAGGAAGGCCGAGGAAAACAAUAUCCAGGAGCAACUAACGAGGCUCCACAAGACAAACAAGAUGGGUCGAAUUCGUACCAGCAGUUUGUGGAGUCCCCAGGUUUCAGCCUGUCUCCGAUGUCUCCAGUCAUCGUGUUGACCGUCGUCAUGACCAAGUUCUGUGAAACAGUCCUCUAUCUAUAGCACAUGGUGUCGGCGUUGGGUGAUUAUGAUAUGAUGUGGUGCCUUUUGUCCAAUUGGAAGACCGUCUCAGGAACAGUUUGAGAUCAGUCGAAGACUUCUUAGAAACGUGCGUCCGUGUGUGUCAGUGGAAUGUUUUUGGUGACGUCCAAAUAUCACCUUACACCAAAUGGCGUCUUUCGUCAGUGAGAGUUGGGGGAGUCUUGCUUGUCCCACGGCACAGUCGGACAUACAUGUCGUGAUGGCAGUGAGUAGGCACACUUUGCGGGGAUGUCUUCGUUUGUAUCAAGUUACAUUCAAGUAAAUAAAUACUUUUAUAGCAUCAAAGAUGUCAUAAAAUUGGUAGUGAAUGUUCAAUAAUGUAUGUCAAGUAUCCUUUAUUAGCCAAAAUAUUAACGACUGCCCGAAUAGUUCCUUACAUUAAGGAAAAACAUACGUUAGCAUUGAUGAAGUUAUUAAAGAGUUAUAUCUCCCCAAAAAUCAAUUGGUCUAUUUCUUGAUUAUUUCCACCGUCAGCGACAGCAGUUCGUCAAAUAUAAAAGAUAUAGAUCUCCAUAUUUUCUCAAGAAAAAGCUGCCAAUAGAAUUACAGCCAAAGUGAUGGAAUCGUCUACGAGAAAUAAAUAUAU